UCUCAGGUAAUAAUAAGAUGGCCGACGAUUCGCCGAUCGAGCAAGUGCGACUGACAGUUCCUCCGACGGAUGAUCCGACACUGCAAGUGCUAACUUUUCGCACAUGGCUUGUCGGCAUGCCACUCUGCAUCCUGCAGACGGUGUUGCUCCGAAUUGGCGUUUUCCGGCGGCAGGUGAUUAGCAUAUCAUCCGUUUGUAUCGACAUCAUCCUGCUCAUAGUGGGGAAUCUGUUAGCCAAGGUUCUGCCGGAGAAAUCAGUGAGAAUCCCGGGCACAAGGUGGAGCUUUUCGCUGAAUCCUUGCCCCUUCAAUAUCAAAGAACAUGUCACCACCUCCAUCCUUGUCAACUCAAUUUCGAGUCCCGGCUUUUUAAACAUCAGUAUAGCCAAGAUCUUCUACCAUAGAGAAAUUCAAUUUUGGCCAGCCUUAUUCUUGGUCAUAUCGACUCAGUUCUUGGGGUUUGGAUUUGCCGGUUUGUUCUUAAAAUUUUUAGUGGAUUCACCGUACAUGUGGUGGCCCGGUGUUAUUCCCAGCAUCUCAUUUUACAAAGCAUUACACGAGAAGGAUAAGAGGCCAAAGGGAGAAUUAUCAGUUUUUCAAUUCUUUUUUUUAGUCUCCGUUGCAGCUUUUGCUUACACCAUCAUUCCUUCUUACUUCUUCCCUUCCAUAACGGGCCUCUCCGUUGUGUGCUGGAUAUGGAAGGACUCGAUCACUGCACAGCAAAUUGGCUCUGGGUUUAAUGGGCUCGCCAUCGGAUCACUUUCAUUCGAUUGGUUGACGAUCACGAGCUUCUUAGGGGAUCCUUUGCUUUUUCCUGCAUUUGUGAUACUCAAUAUGUUGGCCGGGUUUAUUAUACUCGCUUACAUCAUUUUACCCUGGUCUUAUUGGAGCAAUGCAUACGAGGCCAGAAAAUAA